AUGUUCACGUUUCUUAUAGUUCUGUCUUGUCUGAUCCUGAGUGUCCUCUCUACCAUUCACGAGUACCAAGGCCUGGCUCACACUACACUUUUCUGGGUGGAAAUCAUCCUCGUGGUGUUCUUCGGUGUGGAAUAUUUUGUCCGCCUCUGGUCAGCAGGCUGCCGCAGUAAAUAUGUUGGCAUCUGGGGGCGACUGCGCUUUGCCAGGAAGCCGAUAUCUAUUAUAGAUCUGAUUGUAGUCGUUGCCUCAGUAGUUGUCUUGUCAGUGGGUUCUAAAGGACAGGUGUUUGCCACCUCUGCUGUAAGAGGGAUUCGCUUCCUGCAGAUCCUGCGUAUGCUUCAUGUUGACCGGCAGGGAGGAACCUGGCGUCUCCUGGGCUCUGUUGUCUUCAUCCAUCGGCAGGAGCUGAUCACUACCUUAUACAUUGGCUUCCUGAGCCUGAUCUUCUCCUCAUACUUUGUCUACCUAGCAGAGAAAGACGCAGUUGAUAGCAACGGCUCUCUUGAGUUUGGAAACUACGCAGAUGCUCUGUGGUGGGGAGUGGUGACAGUGACUACCAUUGGCUAUGGAGACAAAGUGCCACAAACCUGGAUUGGAAAGACCAUUGCAUCCUGUUUCUCAGUCUUUGCCAUUUCUUUCUUUGCUCUGCCCGCAGGAAUCCUGGGCUCAGGCUUCGCCUUGAAAGUGCAGCAGAAGCAAAGACAGAAACACUUCAAUAGACAGAUCCCUGCAGCUGCCUGUCUCAUUCAGACAUCAUGGCGAUGUUGUGCAAUUGAGAACUAUGAGUCGGCUACAUUCAAGAUGUUUUUGAGGAAAAGAUCCAACAUCCCUGCCUCCACUUUGUCCACCCCCAAGACUAAGAAAUCGGUGAAGAUAAGGAGGAAGAUGAAGAGCUCUGACAAGGACAAUGGUCUGACUUCUCCCACAGUUCCCAGCAUCACCUUUGACUCUGUGUUUGACAGUGGGAAGGAGCUCAGUUCAGAUGUUUACAGCACUGUGGGAACAGGAUCCCACUCUCUGGGAGGAUGUGAUCACCAGCAGUCUUGGACGUCUCUAUCUUCCCUUCAGUUCAGCUCUCCUCCUCCAGUAAAAAGAAACCCUGGCCUUUUGGAUGUCCAGUCCCCUGACCCCCUCCAGAGGAAUUGUAGCUUUGCAGACGACCUGGAACUGGAGUCAGAACGAGACAGUGAGCUGACCCCUGUCACCUCUGUGUCACAGUGA